AUGCUCGAUGGCAGAGAGGGCCCGGCCGCACUCAGAGCACCAUCUCAUUACACUCCGGGCAACGGCCCCGAGAGCGAGGCGGAGUCCUUUGAAGAUGGAAGGUCCAGAGCCGUCGGGUGGGUUGGGUUCCGCCAGCUUGGUGCGACCUCGCUUAUCCUUUCCCGCUGCUGGCUGGAUCUCUUCCAAGAUGCGGCCGGCAAGACCUGGUAUGGCGAACGCGGCGUGCGACAGGAAGAACGCCGGCGAGAGCUCCGCCACAUGGCUCAACAAGGCUUCCAGUUGGCUGAGGCCGCAAGCUGCACAGUGGCCGGCGAGGGUGCCGCAUGUGACCGAAAUACGGUGAGCGGUGCUGGCCGGCUUGGAGUGCCAGAAUUCCGGGAAGCGUGGCCACCAUUGGUGUGGCCCUGGUGUUCGGUGUCCGGCGGACACUGCGCGAGCGAGAGGGGCCACGGCCUCCACGCGGAAGCGAAGUGCGAGACGAUGGCAUACGGGACCGUGCCGGAGGUGGACCGGAGCCAGCUCGAGGACGAGGUGAUGGAGGUGCAGGACGAUAGCGGUCGGGAUCAGCACGCACUGGGUGUGGAUGCGGGGCGGGACGAGCACGAGCAGAAGGAUGCCCAGUGUGGGCGCUGGCCAGACCCGCCCGUGUUACUCCACGAACCCGAGAACGCUGAGGACGAACACGGAGAGGCUCCAGUGGUGAAGGAGCCCGAACCGGCCAGCGUGGAGGGCGAGGAAGACCUGCUGGUGUUGAGGGGCGCAGGGCCUGCGGAGCUGACAAUGGCGCUGCCGCCGGCCGGAGGGAGCAGCGCGUGGAUGCUGCGCUCGGCAAGUAACAGCCCCAUGCGCACCGCGCGGCGGGCAUCCUCUUGCCAAGAUGGGUCCAUUGCGGCCACGGAGCGAACUCCAGACAAUGCAUCAGGCACAGCGGUCAACAUGUGCAUGUCCGAUCAAGACGAGACGACUGACCUCACAGGACAACAGGGUGAGGAGGAGGAGGAGCGGGGGCACGAGCGAGCAUGGCAAUAG